AUGAAUAUCGAUGUGUUGUUUGAGAUACUCUUGCGUCUUCCUGUUCGAUCCCUCUUGAGAUUCAUAGGUGUCCACAAAUCGUGGUAUUACAUCAUUAAUUCUCCAGGCUUUAGAAAAUUGUACAACUUGCGCCGUAACAACAACAAAGAUGAGGAGGUAUAUCUAUGCUUUUUCAAUUAUGGUCGUACACUACUAUCAAUAGAUCUCCUAGACAACGGGAAGUCAUUGAUGUGGUAUAACUUUCAGCAUAAUGACCAAAUGAAGUUUAAAUAUGCAUCUGUAUCUGUAUCCGGGGAGGUUAAGGGUCUAGUUUGCAUAAGUUCUCCUUGUGUGUUAGGCCUUGCAAUAUGCAAUCCUUUUCUUGGUCAACUGAAGAAUCUACCACUUCCUCUUUACGCUUCUACUCAUAGACAAGAUUUGUAUGCUCAUCAUGUGGGACUGGGUUUUGACGAAGAUUAUAAAGUGGUGCAGUUGUUGUUGUGCUCCGUGCACGACUGUUUACAUGCAAAUCUGUAUUCAGCAAGGACGAAUUCUUGGACGGAAUUGGAUAGGCAUCAAGAUUUGAUCAUCCAGAAACCCAUAAAGUCGGUGUGCAAGAAUGGAUCCUUUGCUCACUGGGAAGGGAUAACAAGGAAAGGGAGUAAGAAGAUUAUACUAAGCUUUGAUAUGAAGAAUGAAGUGUUUCGAACAAUUAAAAUAUCAGGAACGGGUGACCAAGAACUUGAUAAUUACGUUCGGCCAUUUAAGGAUUUUAUGAUUUUUGCAAAGGAUGAGUGCUCUUUUGUUAUCCUUGUUAUGGACGAAUAUAAGUUGAAGGUUUAUGAGUCCAAUGGUGAAGGAAGUGAGGUUAUUUGGAAUAAUAUGAAUAAUGUGGACCUAUAUUAUUUUUGGAAGGACAAUUUUGGGUGGAGUACUUAUGAUAUUCCUUUUUGGAGAAAUGGUAAUUGUGUGGUUCUCCAAGUUCGUAGUUCUAUGGUUCUCAAAGAUCGUAGUUCAAGAGAACUGCUUUUGUAUGAUUACCAUGCUCGGAAAUUCAUCAAACAUUUCGAGAUGUCUGGGAUCUCGUCCUCGGAAUAUGAUAUCAUUGAGUAUGAAGGAAGCUUGAUUUCACCUUAG